UCCAGAGCCAUGUAUUUACCAGAGGAGUCCUGACACAGAGGAGAGCAGAGGGGCUCUUUUUCCGCAGCUCGCCGCUCGAACCGCAGAAAGGCGAGCUUUCUACACACAAAGUUUCCGAUGGCGGGUUGUAUCGUCUGCUCUCUGCCCUCCCUUCAUUAACGCAGAUGCGUCGGUAGCCUUCUUCCUCUUCUUCUUCUUUUUUUACUCUAUUAGCGAAACGUGACUUUGUCGCAGUUGGUUGGAAGUGAUUUACUGGGCAAUGCUGAAGAAGGACACAUUUUGCGGAAUCCGUGCCUCUACCUGUGUUUUCCUGCCGAACUUCAAUCCGGAUAAAGAGUCUGAGAUCUGAAUCCGCUUCGUUCCGAGCAGUGAGUUAUCCAGAGCGUCUUCGGCUCUCUUGCUCGCAGCCUUCAAUAAUGUUGAGGCCAAAACGCCACAAUCGACCCCCUUGCUUCUGACCCAACAUGGAGCUGAAGGUCUGGGUGGAUGGAGUCCAGAGGGUUGUCUGUGGGGUCACCGAGGUCACCACCUGUCAGGAAGUCGUGAUCGCUCUGGCCCAGGCCAUCGGUCGCACGGGGAGGUAUACUCUAGUGGAAAAAUGGCGGGACACUGAGCGUCACCUUGCCCCUCAUGAGAGUCCCGUGGCCUCUCUGAACACCUGGGGCCAGUACGCCGGAGACGUCCAGCUGAUCUUGCAUCGCACGGGCCCCUCACUGACAGAGCGACCCCCCUCAGAAGGCCCCCCGCUCAGGGGGCCCGAACGGGGGCUGCACCGGCAAAGCCUCCCUCCCCUCGCAAAGCUUCGCCACCCCAACGAUCGCUCGCUCCGCCGCCGCGAGCCCCGCCGCAAGUCUCUCACAUUCACUGGUGCACCCAGAAGCCUUAGGGAGAUACUGAGCGGCGGCCGAAUCGGGGAGGCCGAGGCCAAACGGAGACUCCUCCUCGGAAAUGGCGGUAAUAAUCACCACGCGGGGCACGCCAUGGGGGCCGUAUCGCCCGGCCUCUGGGCCUGUCGCAUGGAGGACCUGGUACGACUGGUGGGUCUCCAGAGAGAGACCCUGAACGUGCUGGAGAAGAAGCUGGAGGCCUACGAGGCGGAGCUCCAAGCCUGGGCCGACGGACGCGCGGGGCGAGGCGGAGGAUGCGGCGGCGACCCGGGCCGAGGCGGGAGCUUGAUCGAGGAGAUCCUGAGGCUCGAGACUCACCUGAGGAAGAACGAGGUGGAGAUGGAGGAGGAAGAGUUUUGGGCCACAGAGCUGCAAAUUGAACUUGAGAGCGAGAGGCAGCUGGAGGAGAGGCUGCAGGAGCUGCGUGGGCGUCUGCAGAGCUGCGAACUGGAAAUUGAGGAGAAGCUGGCAGUGGUGCAGGGUGUGGAGGCAGGCCUGGAGGAGGAGAAGCUGCAGAGAGAGCGGCAGGAGACUCAGUGGGUCAGCGAGGCCGAGGCUCGGGCUCAGGUUCUCAGGGUCAAAGCAGAACUGAAGGCUCAGGAGAGACAGGCUGUCCAGCUGGAGAGCAGCUGCAGGGCUGUGGACAGGUCGCUUGGACAGAGCGGCAAGAAACUGCAGGACAUGCAGCAUGAGCUGGAGCAGCUCACCAAAGAGCUGAGGCAGGUCAACCUGCAGCAGUUCAUCAAGCAGACCGGUACCAAGGUCACGGUGCUGCCGGCCGAACCCUCCGAGGAUGAGAGCAGCCACAAUAAUCAUGGCAUAGAUCUGGUUCCUCUGACAGGCUCUCUGAAGCGCCCUGUGUCGUCCCACCAGAAGUCCGGUCACCUGCGGGUCCUGCAGAGCCCUCUGAGCUCUGCCCUGAACCCGGAGGGGAUCUACGUGUGAAACUCUUCACUGUCAGGAGCCCAAGAGUUUCUCACCAGAGCUGAUUUUUCAAGCCUCUUAUCUUAGUACAGGAUGCCUCUGUAGCACACUACUAUGCACUGUUUUGUUUUUUUCGAGUUACUCAAAGUCGACAUUUAAGUGUAAAGAAACAAUCUUUGAGGGGAGCCAUGGAGAUCUCGGUGUAAAUGAAGGAUGGUUUUAAAGCUAAAAACGAACCACCGAGCUAAAUCAUCAGGCUUCUGUGGACCUACUUUAUAAACAUAUCCACUUAAUGUACUUUUAUUAUCACUUUAGUAACUGCUGAAUGGUUUGUAUUAUUUCCUCCCCAGCAUCGUGAUUUAAAACUAUUUGCCUUUUGAACAGUAUUCCUGACAACCUUGGUAUGUGAAUCUAUGAACUGUAUCUCUGAAGCGACGUGUAUUUCCUCCAGCGUUACGGCUGGCUCUUAUGUACGUGAAGGAUCCACUUGUGUUUGCAGUAAAACCGUGAAUAAUCUUAUCAUUUUGAAUAGUGGAAAUUAUACAUCUGCUCUGCCUGUUGAAGUUGAAACUAUGCACAAAUGGUUUGAAGUUUUGUUACUGAAGAAUGUUACUGUCUAUACUACCAAAACUAUGGCUUACUGUAAAUACAUUUUCUUACUUUUCAGCUUUAUUUAGUGAAUUAGUCUAUUUUAUUACAAAGCGGUGCAUAUAUAUACAUAUACGAAGAUGCAGUCCUUCAUUCCUGCAGUGAUGCCUGCAAAAUGAAACAGUGUUAAUUAUCCUCUUAAGCUGUUUUGUUUUUGUUUUUUUCAUUUUUGUUUUUUCUUUGUGAUAAUAAUCUAUUUUUGCCAAAUGCAUUAUGCUUGUUUUUUUUUUUCCUUAAAGAUCAGGUGGCCAAAGAUCAGCAGGUCUUGUUGCAUGAUUGUGUUGUCCAUUUAUGAAUGUGCAGAGCAUCUAUAAUUCAGUAAGUCACUUAGUUGAAUCAAAAAUUGAUGGCAUGUAAUCGUAGAAUAAAUAGUUGCAGCUACAGUAUUUGAAUGUAAGUGAGUGUGUGCGUGCGUGCGUGUGUGGAUGUUUGCAUGUGAGCAUUUGCCGAGUCGGAUUAAUCGAGAUGUCUACGCUGUGAUUGAAACGUGCAUGCAUGUGUCGGUGUGAGUGUGCAGUCUGAAUAGCCAAGGUACAGUGCCGUGCAAACGUUUUAAGCAGGUGUGAAAAGCUUCCAUGUAAAGAUGGUUUGAAGGAAUAGAAGUUUGGCUUCAUUGUCAUUUUACACAGUAGGAAGUGAAUGGACAGAGAAACCGCAGUUUGAAAACAGCAUUUUUUUUUUUUUUUUUUUUUUUUUAAAGAAUUUGUUCACACCUGCCUAAAACAUCUGCACAGUCUUGUAUGACUGUAGAGUCGCUGCUAAUCACAUCCAAGUGCCUUAUUCCCAUUUCCCAGUCGGUGUAUUCGAACGAUAUCCAGUGAAGCUUUAGUAUGGACCUUGAAAGACUGACUGUAGCCAGGUUAGAUCAAAUGUUGGUAGAUAUUAGUGCUGAAAUAAGAUGAAUGGCAAUAGCACAGCAACAAAGCAGAAGCUAUAGGUAUGUUUUUUUUUUUUUCUGUCAAUGUUUUUUACGCAUCAAUGCAAAGUAUAUUUUACUGCCUUCUGAUUUGCUGUGUUGUUGCCAAUAUAAUACUACGUGCUGUAAAUUGUAUUGACAUUUACUUUGAUUCAUUUCCUCUCAAGCAACACGAUGUAUACUGUAGUUCAGAUCAGUACUGUCACAUAGGUAUGGUCACUGUUUACAACUGCAUAUCUUCUAUAGAACUGUAAGAUGUCGACUGUAAGUAAACUGUUUUCAUGUUUUCUUGCCUUAAUAUACUGCAAAAGUGAUGACAGAUGUAUGGCUGUAACAGGCUGCUGGUAUGACGUGGAUUGCAUGGUUCAAUAAACCAUCUGGUUAAAG